AGCAGGGCCAUUGAUGUUUGUACGUGUAAUGAUUUAAGAUUCUUCAGCUGUCAGGGAUUUUCAAUUCUCACCGGAGACGUGAAUUGAAUAGCACAUCUCCGUUUGACGAACCGUGUUUACGGGUUAUCUACAUUUUCAGGCGGAAAAAUAGAAACACUGCAAUCAGCCGCGACAUGUUGGGAUACCUAAUCAAUUGGGCACACGAAUGGACCAACAGGGCCCUAGCCCUGGUGAAAUUAUGCCAGAACCGCGAGGUUGGAUGGAUGACUCUCGAUCGAAAGAGCCGCGAAUUCAAGCGUGAACAGCAGCCCCUAUGGAAGAAAGUCAAGAUGCUCUUUCUCUUUAACCGGCUUACGGAAUGGAUCGAUCAGACGCAUCUGCUUCGUCUUUGGACGCAUGAGAAGAAUCUAUAUGCAGGCUGGAUUGAAGGAAGGCCGCGCUCUAAGCGUCAGAUCGCCAACUUCGUUGACUUCUAUCACAUUGAUAUGUCCGAGUUCGAACCAUCCGAUAUAUCAGAGUACCCAACGUUCGAAGACUUCUUUAUUCGAAAACAUGCUCCCGGGAGCCGACCUAUCUACGAAAAGGACGACCCAACAAAGGCCGUAAUAGUAGCUGAUUCGCGUGUAGUGGUGUAUUCAACCGUUUCCAAGACUAAAGAGCUCUGGAUCAAAGGCAAAAACUUCACAAUGGGGAACCUCAUUGCAGACCAGGACCGUGCAAAGCCAUGGCACGAUGGCGCAGUUGCCAGCUUCCGACUGAGUCCUCAGGAUUACCACCGCUACCACUCUCCUGUUAAGGGAACUGUUCGAUGGUUUAAGAGCAUCCCCGGCGACUACUACCAAGUAGAUCCGCUCUGCCUACAAAGCUCUGUAAAUAUCCUCACUCAGAACGCACGAUGCUGCGUCUGUAUCGAGACCGAAGAGUUUGGACAGGUCCUAUUUGUCGCUAUUGGUGCAACUGACGUCGGGACGGUAGAGAUCCACGAACCCCUCCGCACACCCGGCCACCAAGUCGAAAAGGGUGACGAGAUCGGCCUCUUCCAAUUCGGUGGCUCUAGCAUCAUUGUCGCUUUCGAACAGGGCCGGAUCCAGUUCGAUGAAGACCUUGAGAAGCUCAGCCACCAGAAAAUAAUGGUUGACGUCGAAGUUGGCAUGAGUAUGGGUCGUGCAACAAACCCCAGCGGACAAAAAGAGCAGUGAUUCCUAUUCCUGAUCAUUCCUUUUUGAAGGUCACGAGAUAUGACUGGGCCUACUUCAUGUCGAAACGAACGAAUAAGCUUAAUCGUUGACUUGUCUGUACUCUA